AUGACACUUAAAAAUAUAUUGCUAAGAACAAUCAACCAGAAGAAUAAAUACAUAAACUUGGUUGCCACAGCAGUAAAGUUCAACCAAGAACAAUACAAUCAUGGAGAACAAAAUAGACAAUACAGAAAGACAGUUGCCACAGCUUUAUUUAGCUCUGUGCUAAUUGGAACUGUAUUAGCAGAAAAAUCUAAAAAUGAAAGCAAGGGCAAAGACAAGAGUAAGGAUGAUAAUAUAUGUGAAGCGGGAGAAAGGAGGCCGGAUCUACCUACAUACAGGGCAGAGGAAGUUAGCAAACAUGAUUCUGUGGAAAGCUUUUGGGUAAUAUACAAGAACGGCGUGUACGAUGUGACCUCAUUCCUGCCCUCCCAUCCUGGAGGGGACCAGAUCAUGAACGCUGGAGGUCUCAGCAUAGAACCGUUCUGGAACGUCUAUGGCAUGCACAAGACGAAGGAUAUCUGCGCCUUAUUGGAGAGUUAUAGGAUAGGUAACCUUCACGAAGAUGACAUGAUGGACCAUUCCGGUGAAGAGUUGUGGGUGAAGGAGCCGAGCAGAGACAAGCGGCUGAUAGUGAAGACCAGCAAGCCGUUCAACGCGGAGAUACCGGCCAAACUACAGGUCGAACACUUCGACACGCCCAACGAAUUAUUUUACGUCCGUCAACACAUGCCUGUUCCAGAGUUGGACUCGUCUCAGCAUCGAGUGCGGGUGAUCAUAAAGAAUGGAGAGACAGUGACGCGCGAGUUCAGCCUGCAGCAACUGGACAUGUUCCCGCGGACUAAAGUACGCGCCGCGCUCAUGUGUGCCGGGAACCGACGCAGCGAGAUGAAUGAGCAGGUGAAGCCAGUGAAGGGCAUAAGUUGGCAGGGCGGCGCCAUCAGUAACGCGGUGUGGGAGGGCGUGCUACUGGUCGACGUACUGAGGGCCUGCGGGGUCGACAAUACCGACGUCGCCGGGAAACACGUCAUUUUCACAGGCUCAGACAUAGACGCGACUGGAGUGAACUUCUCGACGUCGAUUCCGUUGGAGCAGGCCCUGAACCCUCGCAACAGAGUCCUGCUGGCCACGCACAUGAACGGCGCCGCGCUGCCGCCCGACCACGGCCACCCGCUGCGGGCCGUCGUGCCCGGCGCGCCCGCCGUCCGGAGCGUCAAGUGGCUUGAAUCAAUAACAAUAUCAAAAGACGAGAGUUCGUCCCACUGGCACCAGAAAGACUACCGUUCCUUUAACGCGUCCAAAACGUGGGAGACGGCGGACUUUGCGACCGCCCCGCCCAUAUACAGCCUGCCUGUCACGUCCGCUAUAUGCGACCCCGCCAACGGAGAUACCGUUGUGGCAAAGAAUGGAGUCGUGGAAAUCAGAGGUUACGCCUACUCCGGCGGUGGUGCUAAGAUCCUCCGAGUGGACAUAUCACCAGACUGCGGUGAGACCUGGGUGCAAGCUGAGGAGAUGCAGACUGAUGAUGCACCGCCUCAGCAACACUACUCCUGGACGCUGUGGACUGCCAGGAUACCCGUCCGUAAGGGACAGAAAGAGAUUGAAUUAUGGGCGAAGGCCACGGACAGCAACUUCAACACUCAACCCGAGAGGUUUGAUGAUAUUUGGAACAUUAGAGGGCUACUUAGUAACGCUUAUCAUAGAAUCAAAGUACAGAUCAAACAUUAG